AUACAAACAAUAAUGGAAUAACAUAGGAAAAUCUAAAAACCUUUUGGAACUACAUAAAUUUAUCCUGUAAAAUGCUGAGAGAUAUGCUGCAGUUAAGUUUUGAUCUCACUUAUUUUUUGUUUCAACAGUAUGUGCAGAGUUUACCGCUGGCCCAGUAAACCUGCUGACCGGGGACCGUUUUUAGGUCAGCCAUGUUUUUAGUCUCUGAUGGCAUCUAAGUAUUUCAGGAGUGGUUCAAUAGUGGUAUCUGACACUCUGAAUCCCGCAAAGUCUACGCUUCUCUCCGCAAACUGGAAUUUAUGCGGGUCAGUUGAGCACAAUACCAGCCUGACCGACAAGCGUGAGGAAGUCAAUAAUUAUUGUUCUCCACCAGGGCUGUUCCAGGUCAGAGUCAUGGUGUAUGUUGUUGUCAACCCAGCAUCCCUUGCGCUCAAAGGAUAGUAGUAGGGCAUCAAAGUAACAAUUAUAGCUGUCUCCCAAAGAGAGGAAUCCUUGAGGUGCUCAUGUGUAUCAUCAGUGGCCAAACAGUGUGAUAAAAGUGGUCAGGGGACAAUCAGAGGGGAUCAGUGGGAUGCUGUGGUAGCCACUCCAAGCAUCUGUGACUGUCUUCCAGGUGGCCUUUGGGAAACGGCAUGCAAGAUGGAAGGGAAGCUUGUAGGGGACAUCAGGGAUGUCAGGUUUACUUGUGUGACACCCCUCUCUAGGCCUGUCUGUUUUCUUGAAAGAUGGGAAGUCGUUCAAGGGAAGACCAAAGUUGAGCAGCAACUCACACAAGGUACAUAGCUUGGACUGAGCUGCUGACUUAAACCUUGUAGUGGCAUGAUGACAACUCAGUGUUGCAAGAGUUUGCUGUGAGCCUGGUGAAAAAUACUCCCUCAAUGGGGAUGAGGGAGCAGUUGGUGGCCAACAGGCCAAGGUGGACAGGGAGGAGGUCAUCGCGUCAGAACCCGCAGGCUAGGAACUCAGCCAGAGACCAUAAGUCAGACCUUGUGCCAAAAUUUGCCAUCCCUAACAUGCACUCUCGAUUGACGUAAAGGCUAGCUUUGAGAAAGCUUACUGGAAACUCAAGCCACAUUUAUCAGAUGAUCUUUGUGACCUCACAGCAUCCAAUUUUCAAUCUGUGGCACUAAAUUAUAUCCACUAAAAGGGACCUAAACCUACACAAACACCCUUGAAGCCUAUUCAUCAGUUAAAGAAACAUGAUGAAAUAGUAAAUACUGUAACUAAACCUGACAAAGGAUCUGCUGUCUUCAUUAUGGACAAGGAUGAAUAUUUAUGCCUCCUAGCAUACAUAAAUGAUGUCACCAAAUUCAGGGUGGUUGAUCCAGAGGCCGAAGUACUAUCACCCUCUCCAUCAGAAAGAGAAGGAACUCGAAUCACAUGUUUGAUGAAUCCUGCCUAAUGAAAUUGCAGCUUCAGUUUUUCCAUCUGGCUCUAAGCUAGCUCACCUCUAUGGUUUGCCCAAAACACACAAGAAGCAAUUAGCUAUGCGGCCUGUUUUGUCAGCUACGCAGAGAUACAACUUCGCACUGACAAAAUGGCUAGAUCACAAACUCAAACCUCUUGCCAACAACCAGUACAUGACAACUGACACCUUCGAGUUUGUGAAUAAAGUCCAUACACUGACAAUCAAUAAUGGUGAUGUCCUGGUUUCCUAUGAUUUCUUCAUUAUUUACCAAUGUGCCUUUGGAAGAAACCAUACACUUACUUGCUGACAGAGCUUUCUUGAAUGAUUGGUUCAAUGAAAUGCACCACCUUAAUCUCAGUAAGCAAGACCUCAUUGAUCUUCUGAGAGGGGCAAUAAAGGACCAGCUUUUCUUGUUUAAUGGUCAACUAUAUAAACAGACCAAUAGUGUUGCCAUGGGCUCCUAGCUUGGUCGUGUUUUCAUGUGCUGCAUUGAAGAAACCCUGGAACACAAAGGCAAGAUGCCCACAUAUUACAGGAGAUAUGUGGACCAUAUGUUAACCAUUAUGCCCAACAAAACAUCAGCAAAUGUCUUCCUUGAGACUCUUAACCAUGGUCAUUCAUCUAUUAAGUUUACCAUGGAGAUGGAAAACAAUGGCAUGCUUCUGUUUCUCGGCAAAGAGCAGCUUAACAAGUCUACAUACACUGGGACAAAAGUUUAUGUGAAACCCACAAACACUGGCCUCUUGUUGCACCACAAGAGUCGUGUCGAUGACCGAUAUAAACGCAGCCUGGUAAAGAUCAUGCUUUCUUCCAGUUGGUCGUACAACUCCAAAGAGUACGAUCGCCUUAAAUUGUUCUUCUCUCAACUUAAAUUUCCGGACAAAGUAAUCAAUUCCACCAUCACACAUUUCAUCGUGGUAAAAGCAUCUGAUCAGCCUGUUUCUUCACUGGCCAAACCUGAUGCUGUAGACCCCAUUUGCAUUGUCCUCCCAUUCAAAGACCAGGCCUCAGCUGAUACUUCACAAGGUCAACUUAAAGAUUUAAGCCAGAAGAUUCAUGUCUCUAUUCAGCCUGUAUUUGUUAGCCACAACAUUCAACAAGAUCUUAAGAGCCACUGCCUCUAAAUAUGGAGAAUCCGAUAACAACAAAGUGUAGAUUACAAACUGUGUGAGUGUGAAAUCAAGGCAAGCUUCCCUCUUUCUGUACUGGAACAUUGAAAAUGCACUGUUUUACAAAAAGCCAGUUUUCAUAAGCAAAAAGAUCACUGAUCAUCUGAGUGUCAGCAAAGUGUAGUGUAUGAAUUCAAAUGUGAUUUGUGCGAUACACAUCAUAUUGGGUACAAUUGCCGCCACCUCCAUCAAUAUAUAGAACAAGAUGACAUUCUAUACCAUAGAAUUCCGAAAGUAACAGCCCCUGUUACUUUUGGAUGUUCAAAAAACGUUUGUGCAGUAACAGUCGUUUCAGGCAAAGCAGACAUGUAACUAAGAAAUUAAACCUUCCGUUGAUGUAUGUUUCCAACUACCCUCAUAAACUAAGCAGACUGUAUAAACAGAAAAAGGCCCCAAACCGGUUGGUACCGUAGGGUGAAUCAAGAGUAUACUUGUCGCAUUACAUCGCAAUACAACUGAUAACCCCACAGUAUAUCAUUUGACUCUGCUGCUAGACAAACACAGUUGCUAAAUCAUAGUUUGAAGAAAAAUUAAGUCAAGUUCGAAAUAAAAUCACAGAGAGUUCUUCAAGUCACGGUUCAGUCCUGCACUCAGGCUGUUCCAUCUGCAUGAGGACAGAGACUUUCUCUUUUAGUGACUUCUUCAAAGGGCUGUUACUUUCGGGGGGACCAUUACUUUUGGGGCUCAAUAGGAAGGGAAAAAUUAACGUUACUUUUGGGGAGUCGCUAU